CUCCAGCCACAGUCGGCCGCGGGCCAGGGCGCGCGCACCGUGGGGCCGAGCGUCCGGGCGCGGCCACGGCCUCGCCUCCUCGCGCUCGCGAAGCCGCCUCCUCCCCGCGCCGCCGGCGCUGCCCGGAGGCGGGGACUCGCCGCUGCGGAGGCCGGAGACGCGGCGGCGCUGGAGGCUGCGCGGGGCGCGGAGCGGGCGGGAGCGCGAGGCCGGCGGCGGUAGGAGAGCGGCCCGGGCGGCCUGGGAGCCGGGCCUCGCAGCACCGAGCGGCCGCCUGAGCCGCUGCAGGAGAUUCUCAGCCUGGUCUUUGAGAUGAUGGGAUUGGGAAACGGGCGUCGGAGCAUGAAGUCACCGCCCCUCGUGCUGGCUGCCCUGGUGGCUUGUAUCAUUGUCCUGGGCUUCAACUACUGGAUUGCGAGCUCCCGGAGCGUGGAUCUCCAGACGCGCAUCGUGGAGCUGGAAGGCAGGGUCCGCAGGGCGGCAGCGGAGCGAGGGGCCGUGGAGAUGAAAAAGAACGAGUUCCAGGGGGAGCUGGAAAAGCAGCGGGAACAGCUGGACAAAAUUCAGUCCAGCCACAACUUUCAGAUGGAGAGCGUCAACAAGUUAUACCAGGAUGAAAAGGCAGUUUUAGUGAAUAACAUCACCACAAGCGAGAGGCUCAUCAGAACCUUGCAAGACCAGUUAAAGGCCCUGCAGAAGAAUUACGGCAGGCUGCAGCAGGAUGUCCUUCAGUUUCAGAAGAACCAGACCAACCUGGAGAGGAAGUUCUCCUACGACCUGAACCAGUGCAUCAGUCAGAUGAAAGAGGUGAAGGAGCAGUGUGAAGAACGAAUAGAAGAAGUCACCAAAAAGGGAAAUGAGGCUGUAGCUUCCAGAGACCUGAGUGAACAAAAGGACCAAAGCCAGCAGCUCCGAGCCCCCAGUGAGCCCCAGCCCAGGCCGCAGGAAGCAGGCCUGCCCCAGGCAGAGGUGCCACAAGCAAGAGGGAACAUGCCCAGCAACAGCGAGCCCCAGACACCAGUCCCCAGUUCCGAGGCGGCUUUGGAUUUGAAGAAACAAGGCAAGAAAGAGGGAACCAAGGAGAUGCAGGUCGUCAGCAAGGAGGAGCUUCAGAGGGACGGCCUGGGGCUGCCGAAGGAGCCAGGGCGAGAGCAGAAUGCGGAAGAAGACAGACGUGUGGGUGGAAAAGGCCAUGGAGAACCCGGAGAAGUGGGCCACACCCCACAGGUGCCAGCUGCCCUGUUGGCAAGCCAGGAGAAUCAGGAGAUGGAGGGCCCUGAGCGGGACCAGCUCGUCAUCCCCGACGGGCAAGAGGAGGAGCAGGAGGCCGACGAGGAAGGGAGAAACCAGCAAAAACUGGGAGCAGAUGAUGACUACAACAUGGAUGAAAAUGAGGCAGAAUCUGAAACAGACAAGCAGGCAGCCCUUGCGGGGAAUGACAGAAACGGAAAUGGUAUUUCAUGAGAAGAUCAACACCAGAAAUAGAACACAGGUUCUCCUUCAAGUACGGCAGCAGUAGGAUUCUACUGUGGAAGUAACUUCUGACGUGAAGGAGACCCACCACACUUACAGAGCUCCUUGUCCUCAGUUCCCUCUGGAGUCAUUCUCUUCUCCACAUGCUGUGCUGAGUGACGGGUACCAGCCCCUGGUAUUUCUCCUCAGUGGGCACUGAAUGAUUUUUGGUUUAUCCUCCUGUACCCACCUCUGGUUCUGACAAUCAGUGGCCUAGAGCACUGAGUGUUAACACAAACAUCACUAGCAACGGUGUUAAACAAGUCUAAACACAAAGGUGUUUUGUGCGAUAAUUUUUUAAAAGAUUACUUGUAUAAUAACCCUUGUCAUUAAUGUACAAAAUGCUUUUAAGUGACUUGUAAUUUGAAUACUUGUGAUCUAUACUUGCCUUGCUUAAUAUGUGUGGGCAAAGCAAAAUCUUGUGUAAUAGUCCUUAGACUUUUGUGGGUUAGACUUCUGACACAGCAGGGGCCAAAGCAGAGCUGACCCUGGCUGCCUGCGGCAGAACAGUGAGGGCAGCACAGUACUGUGGGGAGAACUGCCUACUUCGCUACUAGAAGAAAAGAAGAGAAAGCUGAUGUUGAAGGAUAUAUACAUCAUUACAAAUUUGGAAAGAUUAGAAAGUCAAGAGAAAUGCAAUAGUUGUUCGUGUCAGUUUACACAUUUAGCAUGUGGUAAAGGACUAUCACAAAACUGAUUUAAAAAUCAAGUUAAUCUGAAAACGACUAAUCAUAAUUUACAUUAAUAGUGACGUCAGGUUUGACUUGAGUUGGUUCUUAACAUUUUAAGGUAAAUAGCUUCUUGCCGGGCUUGUGAAUGACUGGCAAAGUCACACUAAUGACCUUUAGUGAGGCUCUCUAAAGGGUAGGUGGGUGGUGAUGCUUUAUUAAAAUACAUUUUGAGUCAUGGGAUUUGAGAUGCAGGGGCCUCAGGUCAUUAGACAUAACUAACUAACUCCCUUGUUUACAAAGAAGAAACUGGGGCCCGGAGGAGUUCUGAAGCUUCUCCAGGCCAGCAGCCCAUGAGCUGGAGUGCCUGCGUCACGGCCAGCUGUGGACUCCGGGUGCCACUGGCAGUCACUGAGGGCAGGACCUGGUUUGCAUUCAGGUUAAGAUCUCCAACUUGAAUGCUGUGUGAUAUUCUCCUACCUAAUCACUAAGAUUAAACUUUCUACCCAGAAAAGGCAACUGAAGAAGGGUAUGAAAGUAGCUUUAUAAGAUACUUAUCUAAGUCCUUGUCCAACCUCCCUCUGUGUCUUAGUCUUAGGGUUGAUAUUCUCUCUUGCUUAGCCUUUAUUCAUCUCAUGUUUAAUCAGUGUGCCUAGAGUUGCUGAGAAAUAAAAUACUGUUAGUUCAACUUUUAAAACUGCUUUCAGUUUUCCCUUCAUCCCCUGCUGGAUCCCUAAGGAAUCAGCUUGUAAACUGUGGAUUAAGCAUGGUGGUUUGCCUUAUUAAUUCAACCUUUUGUGGAAUGAGAUGUCAUUGUAAAUUUAAAAAAUCAUGAUUUCAUCUCCUGUACAGAGGCACCAAAAGGCCAUUUGUUCAGGAGGUGUGUACUUUAGCUAUUUCUUCAAGCAGUCAUGCUUUAUUACUGUUGACUUCCCUUGGGAUCACAGACACCUCUUCCAAGGAAUCAUCUAGAGGUGUCACGGUUAUUUAAAAAACAAACAAAACCUGUGUAAUAAGCAUCAAAUAGAUAUCAGACCCCCAACCUUGGUCUUUUGGGUUCAUCCAAAAUUAAACCAGCAAGGUAGUCCAAUUUUUAAUAGGUAUAAACUCUUUAUUUGAUUCACACCCUCCUCUAUACUGUCAGAUGGUGUGUAGACAGGAGUGAUGAUUCAUUUGAUCUUUUUUCCUGCAGGUAGGACUGCAGAUGAAAAUUUCCUAAGCAAUUUUGGACUGGAUUUCAUGAAUUAUCUAAUCACCACACAUAGUAUACCUUUGUGUGAUAGAAUUUGAGAAAUAAACCAUUAUCUGUUAAGUCAGUAUGCUGUCAUUAAAUAACUAGAUUGAUAACUAGCCUGAUAGUUUUAAUUGGUAAUAGGUGGCUAUCUAUUCAUAGUAGAACUUGGAAUGGUGUAAGAGAAUUGUGAUUUCAGGGUGCUUUAAGGUCCAGGGGGAAUUGGUCUAUUCCCACUAUGUAUUUUAGCCUAAAAGAUUAUUAUAAAUAAUAAAUAAUAGUUUAUAGGACACUCAACCAACUUCUAACACUUGUCUUUGAAAUAAGUUUGAAAAUAAAUAUAUACAUUUUAAAGUUUCCAUUAACUGUGGGUUAUAUUAACAUUUUUUCACAUAGUUAGCUUAGACUGAAAAUGUUCAUUAGUGUUAGAAAGUUGGGGAAAUGGCUUAUCUCGUGUAUUUAAAUGUUUGUAUGUUUGUUUGUGUACUAUUUCAGCUCAGAGGGCAACACUUUCUUAAAAAGUGUACUAACUAAGCCACUGUUCCGUAACAGCUGGUUUGUAAAGGAUUACGCAGAAGUAGUUAUCUUGCCAUGCACUUAAAAAACAAAAACAAAAAAAAACAAAGAAACAAAAAUACUAAACUAAAAUGCUUCUAUCCUUGUUGGUGCGCCUGUGAAACACAUCUCUGGGAAAGUUAGUUACAUGACUUGAAAUAUUCUCAUCUGUAAACUAUAUAUAAACUUAAGGUAACAUUUUUAUAAACCAGGACCCUAACCAAGACAAAUGCCUACUUCUUAUCCUUACUCCUUAGAAUAAAAUUAAAUGUUCUAGGGACUUCCCUGCUGGUCCAGUGGUUAAGACUUCGCCUUCCAAUUUAGGGGGUGCGGGUUCAAUCCCUGGUCGGGGAGCUAAGAUCCCACAUGCCUCGCAGCCAAAAAACGAAAACAUCAUAAAACAGAAGCAAUAUUGUAACAAAUUCAAUAAAGACUUUAAAAUUGGUCCACAUCAAAAAAAAAAAAUCUUAAAAAAAAAAUGUUCUAAAGUAGAAUAAAAAUCCUGAGUCAAGUGACAUAGGCUUACACUUCAUACCCCUACAGAGAUUCUAAUACUGUGGGAGUGCUUGGUAAAUAUUUGACUAUUUAAAGUCCAAGUAAAUGAUUGUGACUGAUCAGUGUUUUACCUUUUAGAACCUUUAUAAACAGAUUUAGAUGAACAAAUGCCUUUUUAGAAUGAAUGUUAAUAAACACAUGGGAAUUAGGAUAAAAACUCAAGGCUUAUUAAGAGGUAAGCCGGAGUCUUUGUGGAAGAGCUCCUGAUGUUAGAGCUUGCUUUUUACUAAUUUGUCUCUCUUAAAGCUGCAGUGAAAUGCAAUGGAACCUCCAGUAUAAUGUGACAUGUCUGCCUUUAUCCAGAAAUCAAACCUUCACCUGAAUAUUUUAACUCAGUCCAAAAAAAGCUGCUGCAUUAUCAACAUUUAACAUCUGAGCAUCAUUUAAAAGAGUAGUUCUGUGACCUUAACCAGCAGUCUACAACUGCCAGUUUUUUCCCUGUGAAGGGUAUCUUGGUAUAAUAACAUCCUUGCUCUCGUUUUUUGAGAUGGGUUCAUUCAGAAGUUAUUUGGGAAGUCAACAGAUAACACAUCUGUGGUCAAAACAAAGCACCACACUUUCCUUUAAACUUGGCUUAAUGUCUGAAUUCUAAACAGAAGGUUGCAGGUAUUUUAUCUUUAUCUUUGCAGUAGUUUAGAAAUUCAGGGUUUUACAUAACUUUAUGUGAUCCUGGAAAAGCUGAUGAUACAUUCUCUUUUUAAAUAGAAGGAAUAGAAGGCAAUGUUAGCAGAGGACUACAGAAAAAAGUCAUAGUGUAAGUGAAUGCAACUUCUUCACUUCACUGGAAGCAAACUGUUUAGGGGUAAAGCUGCCAGACUUCAACGUGCCACCUCCAAGUUCCUACUUCCAAAUUCCUCUGCACUCUUAGUGUCCUGUGUUCUCACCAUCAAGUGUCUCUGCUAUUAAAGGGAGCCCCGGAGGCCUUGUUUUACCUUCUCUAUUCAGUUUUCCAACAAAUUGCCUCCAGGAUGUCUUUUACAUUUUUAAAAGAUCCACAUCCCAUUAAUUGAGUGAGCAGGUUCUGGAACAAUGAAGGCCUUUUUCUCAAGUUUAUACUACAGCUGGGAAGACAGAAACAAUUAUUUAAAUUACAACUGAAAAUGCUAAGCACUUUCAAAGGGUUUGGCCUAAACCAGGAGAUGGAGACACCUUCUCUGAAGAUGUCACAUUUCAGCUGAAAGGAUAAAGGGAAGCUAUCUAAGAGAAGAGGCUUGCUGGUCAGAGGAAAAGCAACAGAGCUGCAGCUUGAGAAGCCAAGGGGAGAGGGCAGAAAUGGAGUGGCCAAAUUGGGCAUUGGUGGGUGACCAAGACUAUAUCAUUAACCAGAGAAUAGUGGAUCUUUCACGAUCAUACCAGCUCCUCCGAGAACAGGGCGGGGCAAGGAUGACUGUGGGGAAAUCAGUUCUUCGCAAUGAUUCUGUCUCCAUUACUUCAUCCCACGCACUCACACCUCAGCUUACUCUCCAGAUUCUGCCCCACCUCUUCAAGAAAGAUCUCCCUGCUGUCGCCAGCAACCUCUGUCAAAUCCAGUGGGCCCAUUUUGGUCCUUAGGCCUUUCAGUUAUCUGUGGCCCUGCAUUAUUUUCUGGCUAAAUCUCCUUUGCAGGCUUUUGCGUAGCUGGAGCAGAACUCCCUUAAACUUUGCUAAACAGGGUGCCCUUUGACCAAUAACUGAGGUAAUGUUUUAGAAAAGUCAAGAGUCUUAUGAAAAUAGUGACAUAAAAACUUUGCCGGAAGGUGGCAUGGCAUGAUUUUAAGGUGCUCACUCACGUUUCAUCUACCCGCUCCCCCCACCCCCGUUCCCUGGCCCACUCUUAGAACUUGGCGGUCCCAACUCUAUUCUUUGGGACCAAUCUCAGGCCCUUCUACAUGCUCCCUGAGCAAUUGCAACCCCCAGUCCAGGCUUUAGUUUACAUCUUUGCAGCCACUUCGUCCUCAGUUCAUGUCUACCCAAGAAUGCACCUUUCAGCUCCACACCAGACUACUUGCUGUCUUCACUAGGAUGUCUUUCAACGACAGCUCAACAGGGACUUCCCUGGAGGUCCAGUGGUUAGGACUCCACGCUUCCACUGCUGGGGCGCCUGGGUUUAACCCCUGGUUGGGGAAUUAAAAUAUCACAAGCCACGCGGCCAAAAAAAGAAAAAAAAAAAGACAUCUCAACAUCUAAAACAACCUUUAUCCCCAAACCUCGCCUCCUAUUUUGUCUAUGUGAGCACAUGGCACCACUCCAUCUAGUUACCAAAGCCAUAAAACCGGCGAAUCAUCACCCUUGAUUCCCACAAACUCACCCAAUCGUUACCAAGUCCUGUACCUCCUUUAUCUUUUGAUUCUAUUCACUUUCCUCUAUUCCCUCUGCCACUACCUUAAUUAAGACCAACCAUCAUUUCCUCUCACCUGAGGAGCUUCCCUGCCUGCAGCCUUGGCCCCUUUUGAACCAGCAGUCUUGAGCAAGCAGAUCUGAUUUGAUCCUGUUGUUUCCCCGAGUCAAACCUUUCAGUGGUAUCCACCAACAUCAGACAGUCAAAUUCGUUCACCUGGCUUCCCAGGUUCUGGAGGACUGGCCUCCCCUCACUUCUCAAGCUCAUCCCUCCAGCCCCCUUGUCCCGCUCUAUACUUUAGUCAAACUGCCACCUUCUCAUCUCAGGCUUGUGCACAUCUGUGUCCCUGUCUAGGACCCCUUUACCAGCUAAUAAUGCCUCUUUAUUAAUCUUUGGGACCCAGAUGAGAUGGAGACUUUCUCCAUAAAUCUUUUAUGUGAGGUGGUUCUCCUACACCAGCAUACUGCAUUUUCCCUAGGAUAAAGACCUGUCUGCUUUUCUGCAUUCUUAAGGUGGUUAGAUCUGUGAGGGGAGAGGUGGUCUUAUUUCCCCCAUCAUUUUUUUUAGCACCUGGAAUGGCAGAUAUUUUAAAAGUUCUAAAAAAUGUAACUUUCAGCUUUUCUGAUUAGAAACCUGCAGUUAAAACUUAGGAACACUCUUUGCUCUUAAGAAGACCCACUCCUGAAAAAACAGCCUUAGGUGCUCUCUAAUUAGGCAGAACACUUGCUCAGUAACUUUCAUUUACAUUAGCUGACCUAAUUAGACAUCAUUUAAAAAACGCCAGAGUGCUCUCUUAAUCCAACAGUCCCUGGUGGCCCUGACCCGCAUUCUUCUAGCUUGCCUCAGGUUCCUGGCGGUUUGCAAAAUCUUGCUGUUUUUUAUCCUCUGUGCAUUUAAUUUUGAUUCUUUCUUCUACUGCCUCUUUUCUACCAUUUCUGUCAUUUUUGUUUGAAGUGUUCAGAAAUUACCAGCCAGAAAGUGUUUCCUUCUCAAAAAACUAACCACAUAGCUAACAACAGGUAUAUUCUUUAUCUCUUCAUUGCUCAAGUUUCUACUGUACAGCCUACUUUAUUUUUAAAGACUUCUGGAUUCUGAGAUUUCAGGAUGCCUACUGGCUGUUCCUGGAUGACACAUGUGUCGCCAGUUUACUUCAAACAGCCACGAAGGAGGGAGUCAGGAAAGUUCUUACUCUAUAGCCGGCAAGAUUCGCUCAGGUUAGCUGCUUGCAAAUAUUUCCAGAAAUAAAGUUUCAAUAAUCACAUUUGCAAGAAAGGUGUCAAAUAAGAAUUAGGAUAUUUGAAACUUAGAAACCACAGAGCAAAUAUAAAAUGGGUGCUAGUCUUAAGCCAAGCCAAAAGUCAAUUUAAGUUAGGCGCAGGGUAGCUCAUUCUGCUAAUAGUAUUGCUUCCUGUGGAGGAGAAGGAAAGGCCCCCAGAGGCCGUGGCAGCUUGACACAGAACAGCAGAGCAGAGACAGGAAGAGGAACUGGCAGCAAAGGAAGAAGGGUGAAGCCACUGGCACUGGGCGUUUGUAGGUAUAGGUGAUUUAAGUCAAUUUUCAAAGCCAGAGGAUGCUGGAAAGACCCUGAUUGAAAAUGUCUGAUGGGUUAAACUGUGAAGUAGUAAAGAAAAAGGAACAUGCCGUGUUGAAACCUAACUCUAAAAAUGAACAAAUCUAUACAGUCUUAUCUUUUGAAUAACGUCACUAGCAAACAUGAUGUGUAAUCUUUUAAAAGUGCCAAAUGUAACAGUUAAAGGAUUUUAAAAAAAAAAUCUAUAUUCUGACAGGUAUAUAAUUUAAGAUACCAUGACACAUAAAAUCACAAUCCCCAUGUAAUUUAGUCUCCCUAUGUAGCUAGGAGGCCCCCCCAGAAUCCCUUUUAAAUGUAUUUUGCCCAAAUCCCAUGUGAGUGUUUAAAAAAUCCCUUAAUUUGAAACUUCUUUUGGAUAAUUUGUUUGAACCACUCAAACAUUAAGAGUAAUAAACACCUUCAAUUCUUAACAUGUAUCAACAAAGUGCUAUUGUUUUUCAUCUCCAGUAGUACAUUUUUUGUCAAGAAAUUUAUUAACCUUUACAAACACUAUUUUCACUCAAUCAUUCAUAAAAAAUGAUUUCUGAGUAAAUCUGUAAUAAAACCAUAUAACGUUCAUCAAUGCAUUCAAUAAGACCAGUUUCAUCCAUGGAACAUAAUAAACCACUUUAAAACAGCAGUUUUCAUUCACGUCAUGUAAGGCUGUCAAAUUAAAAGUAUUCCUUAUAAUGGGUUGUUACCCAAGCAAUCCAUCUCACUGCAUGUUAUGUGGUAAGACUGAUGGAUAGAUCCUCUAAGAGUAGAAUCUGAAAGUAGACUCCACCUCUUUGGUCACCUUUUCAGUCUCUCUUUCAAACAAGUUUCACAA